AUGGAUUACUCUAGAGUUACCAAUAACACUGGUAGAUCCAGUGCCUUUAUGAAGUACAGACUUAACAAAUACACAGCUAGUUCUUCUGGUACCACACACAAGAUUAGAGAGGUUCUAAACUUCAAAGAUGAAAUGAAAUGGAAAAGAUUUUCCAACAGAAGAUUAGAACUUAUUGAUAAGUUUAAGCUAAGCAAGUUUAAAGCUUCUGAACAAGAUCAAAAUAUCAAACAAAUUGCUAAUAUCUUAAGAACUGAAUUUGAAUAUCCAGAAUCUACUUUAGGUGAAUUUGAAAAACUUGUUACAGCCGCUGUUCAAUCUGUUAGAAGAAAUAGAAAGCGUUCAAUGAAGAGACGCGCCGCUGCUGCCGCUGCCGCCGCAUCAAUGUCUAACAAUUCUAUAAAUGGUGCUCAAAUGAUGCCAUCAUUUAUGACUGCUAAUGGUACACCAACUACCUUAAGAAGUUCUAUGAACUUUCACAACAGUGAUCACUCUAUUAACUAUGGUAAUUACUCACAAGGUGCUAUCCCAAACACUUUUGUUCAGGCUCCAAUGGGUUACUCUCAAUCUCUUUCCCAAUACGUUGCUGAUCCUAUCUACCAAACCCCUAACAUACAACCAAACGUAUUCAUUUACCAAAAUGUUCCAGGUAGUAGAUCCAUAAGUGGUUCUAACGUCACUCCAACUUUACCAGUGAUGCCUCAAAACAACGAUCACCUAUCUUAUCAAUGGAUGAACAAUAACAAUCAACAAUACAAUACUAUGUCUCUUCCAAUGACUGUUAACAUGCCUGUUCAACAUAACUCUAUGGAUCUUAGCAUUAAAUCAUCUCUUCCAUUAAAUUCCCAAUCCCAGCAGGAAUUAAACUACGAUACCACUCUAAAGGGAUUAAUUUCUAAUCUAAUUUCCAACGUGAGCAACGGCAAGCCUGAUAGAUCUGCUAUUCCAUCUCAUCUACGAGACUCCUUGAUUAAUGGUAUUAGACAUUCUAAAACUUGUUUUGAGAUAUCUCAAUCUGCUUCUCCUAUUAAGAACUUCGAAGACUUGAAACUUUCUGGUGAAAUCGCUGUUAGAGACUCUGUUUCCUUUGUUAUUCAAAACUACUUCCACCAAUUAAUUACUUCUUCUUUGGACUUUGCUACUGCUAAAGUCUGUUCUCCUCAAACUCUUUCUGGUCUGGCUAUUGAAUUAUUUGACUCUAGUGUCAGAUACAACUUGACUCAACUACCAAUGGUUGAAAUUCAAAUCGAAUUACUUUACCUUGUUCUUGGUGCCAUUAUUAAAGAUUUCGGUUACGAUCCAAACUACUUACCUUUAGCUGACAUUAUUCAUGAAAAGUUAAGGGAGGAUUACCCACAAGAUGCUAGUUUGAAGUUGGUUAACAACAAGCCAGUUGAACUCCCAAUGGUUGACACUUCAGUUGUCAAGGAAGCUCCAAAGCGUCUAUCUGAAGAAUUCCAUUUCAAGAAGAUUAACAUUGAUUAUAAAGGUCAAAAACAAUUCUUUAUUUUCAAAUCAUCAGACAAGAAAUCCAUUACUAUUAUGGAUAUCCUUGAAAACUGUAGAGCCAAAUUUGAAAUUCCAGAAGAAGAAGUUAAUAACUUAGCUAUCUACUACAACAAGGAAUUGAUUGUCAAUGAUAUCAAAUUAUCUAACAUUUUUGUUGCUCUUUCAGACACUGAUGAAUUUUCUAUUGAAAUCAAAAGUCUAAAUACUUCUGAAGAUACUAAGGUUCCACGUUACAUCCAAUCUCCAAUCUCUGCUAAGCUCAACAUAGCUACCCCAAUUUUAAAUAUUCAUGAAAAAUCAAAUGUAGGUGAUUUAAAUAUCACCCUACCACCAAUGGUUGUAAACAAAUUUAAUCAAAACUCCUUUGGUAACGGUACUUUACCAAGACCAAUGUUGCCAGUUACUAAAUAA